GAGCAAGCGGAGAGAGCGAGAGAGAGAAUGCUCUGCAUUUAUAACGAUAGGCAGAGGCAGAGAGAAAGGGAGAGAGCGUUUUGGUGGCGGAUGAAACGCCGUUGCUGAAAGUGUUGGCUAAGAUCCUUGUUCAAUCCAUCAUUUAUGGCUGUUUCUUCUUCUCUUCUCUUUACCUCGCUUUUGCUUCUUCUCACUUUCUCAGAUUCAUCAGUGCAAGUCAUUGGGCUUGGAAUUGGAAUCAACUAUGGCCAAAUAGGAAACAAUCUUCCAUCUCCAAUCCGAGUCUCAUACCUCCUCAGAUCCCUCAAUAUCAGCAGAGUUAAACUCUAUGAUGCAGAUCCCAAUGUUCUUGUUGCUUUCUCCAACACAAAUGUUGAUUUCAUUAUUGGAUUAGGGAAUGAGUUCCUUCAAAACAUGACCGAUCCAAUCAAAGCUCAAAACUGGGUUCAACAGCGAGUUCAACCCUACCUUUCUAGGACCAGGAUCACUUGCAUCACUGUGGGGAAUGAGGUCUUCAAAUACAAUGAUCAUCAGCAGUGGUCUAAUCUCCUCCCAGCAAUGCAAACAGUUUAUAAUACUCUUGCCGAUCUUGGCCUCGAUAAACAAGUAUCUGUUACUACCGCACAUUCGCUCGAUAUCUUAAGCGUGUCAUUCCCUCCUUCAGCUGCGGCGUUUAGGCAAGAUCUCGGGGAAUAUUUACACGGUAUCUUGAACUUCCAUGCUCAGGUCAAGUCGCCGUUCUUGAUCAAUGCGUAUCCGUAUUUCGCGUACAAGGAUAACCCGAAUGAGGUGCCAUUAGACUAUGUGCUCUUCCAACCUAAUCAAGGGACAAUGGAUCCUUUUACCAAUUUGAAAUAUGAUAAUAUGUUGUAUGCUCAAGUUGAUGCUGUUUAUUAUGCAAUAAAAGCAAUGGGACAUACGGAUAUUGAAGUCCGGGUUUCCGAGACAGGCUGGCCUUCCAAAGGGGAUGAAAAUGAAGUAGGGGCUACACCGGAGAAUGCAGGAUUGUAUAAUGGCAAUCUGUUGAAAAGGAUAGAACAGAGACAAGGUACACCGGCAAAACCGAAUGUCCCGAUUGACAUAUAUGUUUUUGCUCUUUUCAAUGAGAAUCUAAAGUCUGGUCCAGCAUCUGAGAGGAACUACGGUCUCUUCUAUCCAGAUGGUACGCCAGUUUAUAACAUCGGAGUUCAGGGUUAUCUUCCAGAGUUGAUAUAUUCAUCACCUAGCAUAAAUAAUGAAUUCUUAUUCUGCAGUCUUCUGAUCUUGGCUAUGGCAUGCUUAAUCUUCUCUUGAAAAUAUGUCAAUUCGGCUAGUUAGAUUGGUAUCCCUAAGGGAAAACAGUAUUGCUGGAGAUUCAAAUUCCAGAGAAGAGGAAGUUUCAGGUAUGAGAAAAUCACUGAGGAACUGUUUCCGGGAGAAGGAGGCCCUAGUUUAAAGGUGACAUUGUAGUAGCCAAGAAAGUAAAAACUUAAAAUCACUAACAGUUGAUGGUUGGAUUUAGAUUAUAUAUAGAUUCUUUAAC